ACGAAACGAACAACCAAAAAAAGAGGAGCGUCGACGUUUUUAAGGGAGGAGACCAAACGAUUAAUAUAUGCAAACUUCUCCUUAUGCUCAUUUGCGUCGAUCACAACUAAACUUGGGUCAAACGGCAAGCCGAAAUCUGAGGACAUGGGAAGCGCUUCCAUUCUCUCAUCGGUGGCACGAAGGCUUGAAGGCAAAGUGGCGUUGAUCACCGGCGGGGCCAGCGGCAUCGGCGAGUGCACGGCCAAGCUGUUCGCACGGCACGGCGCCCGAGUCAUCGUCGCGGACAUCCAGGACGACAAGGGCCGCGCCCUCUGUGCCGCCCUCGGCCCCGCCUCCUACGUCCACUGCGACGUCACAGACGAGGCCGACGUGGAGCGCGCGGUCGACACCGCCGUCGCCCUCCACGGGAAGCUGGACGUCAUGUUCAACAACGCGGGCGUCAUGGACCCGCCCGUCAACGGCUUCCUCGCCAGCGACAGGGCGGCAUUCGAGCGGGUGAUGGCCACCAACGCGCUGGGGGCGUUCCUGGGGACGAAGCACGCGGCGCGGGUCAUGGUGCCGGCGCGCGCCGGCAGCAUCGUGUCGACGGCGAGCCUGGUGUCAGCGGUGGGCGGGGUGGCGUCGGCGGCGUACACGUGCUCGAAGCACGCGGUGGUGGGGCUGAUGCGGAGCGCCGCGGCGGAGCUGGGGCGGUUCGGGGUGCGGGCCAAUUGCGUGUCGCCGUACGGGGUGGCGACGCCGCUGGCGAUGGCGGGGAUGCAGUUGACCACGGAGGAGAUGGAGGCGGCGAUGGAGGCGAUGGGCAACCUCAAGGGGGUGAGGCUGAAGGCGGCGGACGUGGCGGAGGCGGUGCUCUACCUGGCCAGCGACGAGUCCAGGUACGUGAGCGGCCUCAACCUGACGGUGGACGGAGGCCUCAGCGUCACCAAAUCCCUGCAGUAGCACUCAUCCACCGCAUAACGAUGGGACCUUUUCUAUCGCAGUAACCAUACUAUUGCCUAUCACACAAUGAUUUCAGCAUAUCAUGAAAAGUAUUUUUGAUUA